AUGUGUACAACUAAGUUCCUAGCAAGUAGAUUCAAGGAUGAAAUAACUAAACAACCAUCUUUGAGGAUUUGGGAAAUACAAGAGUUGUACAGGGAGGAGUUAGGACUAAAAGUGGGUAGAACAAUUUGUUACAAAGCAAAGAUGAUGAUUCUUAGAGAAAACAUGGGUGACUGGAAUAUGAAAUUUGCAAGGUUAUGUGAUUAUGCUGAAGUCAUUAAACAAACCAAUCCUGGUAGUUCUGUUUGGGUAAGGAUGGAUAGAGAAACUGUACCAGGAAAGAAUUUGUUUGUGUACUUCUAUGUAUACUUGGAUGCAUUGAAGAAAGGGUGGAAGGAAGGAUGUAGAAGAAUAAUAGGAUUUGAUGGAUGUUUCUUAAAGGGUGCUUGUAAGGGUGAACUUCUUGUAGCAGUUGGAAGAAAUGGAAACAAUCAGAUAUUUCCUAUAGCCUGGGCAGUUGUGGACAAGGAGACUAAACAUAGCUUGAGCUUUUUUAUCAACUACUUGAAAGAGGACCUGCAGUUGGGUACUGGACAGGGUCUUACUGUAAUGUCAGAUAUGCAGAAGGGUCUUCAAGCAGCUGUUGGUGAACUGCUGCCAAAUGCUGAAGUUAGAAUGUGUGCUAGACACAUCUGGUCUAAUUGGAGUAAACGAUGGAAGGGAGAGGAAAGGCGAAAACAAUUAUGGAGAUGUUCGAAGGAAACUUUUGAAGUGAAGUACAGUGAGGAGCUUUACAAAAUGAGCAGACUUGGUAAUGAAAUUAAUGAUGAUUUAUUGCAUUAUCCACAAGUGUCAUGGGUUAGAGCAUUCUUUCAAGAGCACUCCAAAUGUGAUGCAGUUGAAAAUAACAUGUGUGAAACCUUUAACUCAUGGAUCUUAUCAUGUAGACACAAAUCUAUAAUAACCAUGUUGGAGGAAAUUAGGAGAAAAUUAAUGACUAGAACUGUGGAUAUAGUUAAGUUUGCUGACACAUGGAUAUGUGAUAUUGCACCUAUGGCUAGACUUAUGUUGGAGGAGAAUAAGGAAAAGUCUAGGGCAUGCAAGGUGCUGUGGAAUGCUGAUGUUGGGUUUGAGAUUGGAGAAGGGCAGUAUAGGCAUACAGUCAACUUGACUAAUAGAGUUUGUAGCUGUAGAACUUGGCAAUUGAGAGACAUUCCAUGCCAACAUGCUAUUUCUGCUUUGUACCACAUAGAACAUGAACCUGAAUCACUUGUGGAGCAUUGA